ACAUUCCCAUGCCCCAGCCGGCUGCCAUAACAAACGCAAUGCUCCCUCACGAGCGCGCGUUUCCUCCCAUCCAUCAUGGAUCUCUCUGUUCUCUGAUUAUUCUUGUCCUGGCGUUUCCGUGGCUAGCAAUUGCUACUCUUGCCUGGUCUUCGGCGCCGUUGAAUGCCGUCCGGAACCUUUGUGGAACUGGUAUAGACACUGGGCCAGGUACCAGCUCGAGUGUAUGGGUUAACGCAUCUCCACAAGUCUAAAGGAACCAGGGUCUGCCAGCUCUGGCACCGAAAGCAGGAAGAAGCGAC